CGCCAUGUCGUCAGGAUUAUAUGGACAAUUGAAUGAAAUAUGCAUGGACCAAAAUGACAGCUGAUUUGUCGCUGACAUUGGAUGCCGUUGAGGCAGUUUUAAGAUUAUGACCAUUCGAAGAUUGAGGAUAGAGUGUGUUUUGACCAUGACCUUUGACUCUAUGACCUCAAAAACCAUAGGAGUCAUCAGCUGGUCACCAAAAAUCUAAAUGUUAAGUUUGAACAAGGUUCGCACGAUCUUAAAAAGUCCUGAAUUCUAAAGGGUUGGCCUUAAAAAGACCUUAAAGUCGAUUAAAAGCCAGAAAGGCCUUAAAAACACCUUAUAUUAGGUGCAAAUGGCCUUAAAAAGAUUUUAUUGGCCUUAAAAAUGAUUUAAGUCGGAAGAAAAAUGUUUAUGAACUACUCUCUGUUCGUCAAUGAAGAUACUAAGUAGCCAUGUUGUGAUUAAGUUGCCCAUAGUUAAAGUGACCGUCGUAAGUAAUGACGUAAUGCAUUGGAGCGAAGUAGCCAAUCAGCGGGCUGCUUACAUCUCGUUAUCGGAUGCUAAAAGCACAUUGCUGAAAAAUAGAAAUUUAAGUCGCGGUUUCUUCGGAACAAAACAAGCAUGCCUGGAAAAUGUGUAUUUAACGUGAAAUGGAUACAAACAUACCCAUGGAUAAGAGAAGUUAAGGACUGCAAAUUUAAAGCCAAUUGCGUUUUAUGCCGAAAAGAGAUCGAUCUUUGCAAAAUGGGCGAACUCGCAGUGAAAUCGCACGCAAAAAGUAUCCGACAUAAAAAUCUUGAGCAGCCGAAAACGCAGAACACGGUAAGCACCUUUUUCACCAUUUCUCCAAAACCAAAGACCAUGUCAUCGACAGAAAAGCCUUCGGAAGCAGCUAGUGGGGAUAUAGAUGACUUGAUAAUACCCCACCCACCGGCACCAGCACCAGAGAUUCCGAUUCCGCGCACUGCUCUUUCUAGCUUUGUACAAACAAACGAUGUGUUAAAAGCAGAAAUAUUGUGGACAAUGCAGUCGAUAACUACACAUAAUUCUUAUAAAUCAAAUGAAAACAUAUCAAAAUUGUUCAAAUUGAUGUUUCCAGACAGUCAAAUCGCCAACAGAUUUGCUUGUGGAGAGAGAAAAACUGCCUACCUUUGUUGCUUCGGCAUUGCCGAACAUGUGAAAAGUAUAUUAUUAAAAGAAAUAAGUGGUUACUUUGUAGUUUUAUUUGACGAGAGUCUAAAUAAGAAAUCCCAAGCUAAACAAAUGGAUAUACGUGUAAGAUAUUGGGGAACCAAUGGCCUAGUUCACACCAGAUACCUGGGAUCCCAGUUUCUGGGACAUGCGACUGCUGAGGACAUGCUUCAACACUUCCAGAAAGGGAUUGGGGAUUUAGAGAAGCAGACAAAAAACAUGUUGCAAAUAUCAAUGGAUGGACCAAAUGUUAAUUGGAAGUUUUUGGAUAUGAUAACAACAAAGAUUGAGCAGGACUUUUCAGUAAGUUUGAUCAACAUCGGGUCAUGUGGACUUCAUAUUGUACAUAAUGCAUUUAAAACAGGGUGUCAGGCUACCACCUGGGAUGUCUCAUCUGUACUCUCAAGCAUGUAUUACUUAUUCAAGGACAGUCCUGCUAGGAAAGAGGAUUAUCAGAAAAGCAGUGGGUCUACUAGAAUGCCAAUGAAGUUUGUAACCCAUAGGUGGAUGGAAAAUGUUCCUGUUGUUGACAGAGCUAUUGAGGUGUGGGGAAAUAUUGGACAAUUUGUGAAGGAUGUUGAAAAAAAGAAGAUUGCAAAACCAACAUGCAAGUCAUUUGAAAUUGUGUCAGCUGCACUGAAAGACAAGCUUAUCCGAGCAAAGUUUGAAUUUUUUAGAUGUGUAGCCAUGCACUUACAAGCCUUCCUUGGUAAUUUUCAAACAGAAAAAACCCAUGGUGCCCUUCCUUUACAGUGAACUCCUGAGUAUAAUAAGAGGACUGAUGGAAAGAGUGAUCAAGCCAGGUGUUCUUUCUGACACAUCAGAAGUAAGACUUCUCAAAAUUGACCUUGAAGACAGCUCUGUUCUGAUUGAACACACAAAGGUUGACAUUGGGUUCUCGGCAGAAAAGGCUUUGAAGGAGACUGUCAAGGAGAACAAGCUCAGUGAGAGACAGGUUAUGGAGUUUAAAGUUCAGUGUAGAAGCUUUGUUCUGAAAGUGCUGAAAAAACUUCUUGAAAAGUGCCCAGCAACAUAUUCAUUAGUGCAACAUCUGGCCUGUCUUGAUCCAAGAAAAAUGUCUGAAAGUAAAACUAGAUGCAAAGAGAAGCUGAAAAAAGUGCUGACAUAUCUUGUGGCCCAUAAAAGAAUCAACGAGAGAGACUGUGAUGAAUGUAUCAAAGAGUACUGUGACUGCAUUGACAAUUUCCCAUCCUUUGGGUCUGCAAAAUUCACAGAGUUCAAUCCAAACAAAGACAGAUUAGAUGAGUUUUACUCAACUUUUAUGUCUUGGACUGCAUACAGCAAAGUAUUUGAUGUUGUAAAAAUGCUGCUCACACUGUCACACGGGCAAGCUUCAGUGGAGAGGGGUUUCUCUGUCAACAAAGAGGUGGAGGUAGAAAAUCUCAAAGAAUACUCACUUGUGUCUCAAAGACUUGUUUGCGAUUAUGUAAACAGUGUUGGUGGUAUUCUAAAUGUGCCAAUUACAAAAGAGCUGAUGACUAGUGCAUCUCAGUCCAGAAAUAGAUAUGAAGUAUAUUUAGCAAAAGAAAGAGACAAGAAAAAAACAGACACUCAAAAACGGAAAAGAGAGGAACUGUCACAGGAAAUUGAAGAACUGAAAAGGCAGUGCAAACAGGCAAAAUUAGACAUUGACAGCCUGACAAAGUCAGCUGAUAGCUAUUCCAUGAAGGCAGAAAAAGAGAGCAACUUAUCAUUUAUUGCGCAUUCAAACAGUUUGAGACAAAAGGCAAAGGACAAAAUGUCGUUCAGUGACAAGAUAAGUAAGAAAUUAGAUGAGAAGGUCCAACAGCUUAAAGAAUGUUGAGUCUGCAUUGCUGAACUAAGCCAGUUAUAAAAAUUACAAGGUCAUCAGAUCAAAGGCCAAGUUGACAGUGACCUUGAAUGCAAAAAACUUGUCUUAGUGAUAACAGGGUUCCCACGCUACUGGGAAAACGGGGAAAAGACGGGAAUAUCGAAGUCUGUUCCCGGUCGUGAAAAUGCCUUGAAUUUUGCGAUUAUAGGUUAAAAUCGGUAAAAAGCCGGGAAAAGUAAUAUUUAACGUUCGAACUGUUUUGGGUACGAAACUUGUAAAGUAAGUACUCUCGAUCAUCUAGACGCUUGCAUCUGAGGUUGGGCGUGAAUGAACUCUAUUGAUUUUUCAGGUCAUCAGAUCAAAGGCCAAGUUGACAGUGACCUUGAAUGCAAAAAACUUGUCUUAGUGAUAACUAAUGCUUAGAAUUAUGGUUCUCAAACUUGACAUGGAGGUUGGGCGUGACCAGCAGAUUUGAGGUUAUCAGGUCCAAAUGUCAAGGUCACAUUCAAGUUGACAUCAUAUGAACAUAUUCACUUCUGCUAGGAGUAUACAUGAAUAUCUACAAAUAACAGUCAUCAUUUCAAAGUGAUCAAAGUGAUAGUGUACCUACUAUCCUCAAAUUUGGAAUGAACAUAAACUUAAAACUGCUUCAUAGGCAUCCAAUAUGGAAUGACAAAUCAGCUGGCAAUUCUGUACAUGCAUAUUUUAAUCAAUUGUCCAAAUAUUCCUGACAACACGGUGCUCCAGUAUCAAUCAAUAAAAGGUUCUGUGUCAAGGGGCAUCAUGGUUACUCAUCAGUUUUGUGAUAGCUCUAGUUUAUCCUGCAGCUGAACUACAAGAGAAUAUUGUUUAUAGACAUUUUCCUGAAUGAUGCCAGCAUCAGUAAAACCUUGUGCAGGAUUUUUUUUAUUUAUCAUCAAAUCAUGAUAAAACUUGGUUUGUGGGUAUAAUGUCUUGGUGAAGUUCCCUCAUGGGAUCAAUCACAUCAGUAACUCUAAGAGUCAUGCACAUUUAACAUUAGACAAAAGGUUCAGGUCUUGUGCAGACAAUAACUUAAUAAUGAAACUUUCUGACAGUGUGAGUAAAUUAGUUUAAUGUGAACAGUUUAGCUAGUACUGGUGUGAUAACAACUUAAAUUAAGGAAACACACCGUCAAAUAGGAGCAAAUGAAGUUAUUUAUA